GCUGUCCGCUCUCCUUCUUCUUUCUCUCAGAGCUGGAGCUCGCAGGAGCCAAACGCGCGGAGCCUGCCUCGCAGUGCAGCUGUGCGGCUGUUAGACGAUGCAGCGAGGACUCGAUGAGUGACUUCGUAUCCUGCCUCGAGGCGCCGUCGACAUCAUCUUCGCUGUGAAUUUUAUAGUGGCGGAGGAUGGCCGUAGAGUCCCGGUCGAGAGAGCUGUGUGGAAGGGGCUUCUGUGAAUGAGUUCGGAGGUCGAAUCUGGAUUUUGUUCCAUUUUCGCCCUCUCGUUUCUUGGACGGAUUCGAGUGAUCUUUCUUUGAGCCGGUGAGCGGGGGAGCUGCUCUUUGCCGUGUUUACGAGUGGUCACGGCCUUCCCCGAUGGUUACUGCCGUGUCGUCGUUGGUUUGGAGGGACGUCGUGGGGAAGAGGUGGGCGAGAUGUGCAGUGUGGCUGGCGGUGACCACUUCUGUGGUUUGGGUAAUAUGGGAAACCACAAUUUCAAGGCUCGUCUCCCAUUCUUCUUCUCAGGGAAGCAGCGAGACAAAACAGUACUUUAUGCCUUCUAUGUGGGCCUUAAUUAGGUUUCUGGUUUUCCAGGCUUCUCAGCUGCUGUUUUUGGUAGGACAAACCUUCGUCUCAGAACCCGAAGAAGCGAAUGCAGCGUCUCUCGCAUACUUAGUCGGUAAAUUUUUGAAGCUUGCGUGGAGAGCCGGUGUAGGUCGUACACGAGGGGAUGAUUUUUUUAGUGACGUCGCCGAAUUAAGGCAAAAGCUACGAGCUACUCUUGAUCAUGCUUCAUAUGUCACAAUGUGUGUCCUUUCGGGUGCGAUGGCUUUCUCUUCCCUUAUGUCGUCCAUCCACAUGUCUUCUGGAAGGCUGAAUCCACUAAACAUUGGGGUCCGCGGAGCUGCAUUAGGUCUGUUGUACGCUGGUUGGCAAUUUUACCACUCCAAUGUCACUCUUCGCUUCCCGAUCAUCCAGCGUCGGCUGUUUUUCGCUUUCAAGAUGAGAAUACCCGAAGCUCUAAAUUUCAGCCUACACAUGGCUUUGAUCUUGUUGCCUCUCGGAGAAACUUUUGCCCGAAUUGUCCCGGAUGCUGCGCCCGUCCCUGCUCAAAGCACCUCAGACAGACAGGUCGUUUCUUUUUUGUGGCGUCAGUUACUGUUUGCAGCCGUUUCCUUCUGCGUAACAUUUAGCUGGGAAUCCUGCCAUCAACUGAUCCAGGUCAUACAAACCAAACGACACAUCCUUGCUCCUCCUCUAGGCUCAGCUGCCGCCGAAACUGAUCCUACCGACCUGCUACUUAUGGUUCUGGAGGAAUCUGACACAGGAUCCCUGGUCCAGUAUCAUGCAUAUCUGGAUCUCUGCGUUGUUUCUGAGUCUAAUGUGGACACUUGGAGGCGGGCGGCGUUUUUUGAAGAAUCAGGGGACACCUACAAGAGACUUAUCAGCGCAUGUCUGAAGAAGUUGGAUGGGCUGACUCUAAGACUUGCUCAAGGCUUGGAAGUUGGCGAGUCUGAAAAGGGUGCAGAUCUUCUCAAGCAGCAGAUGCAGUCUUCUCCCGGAGACAACAGACACUACGCUUUUCAGCUGGGGAAUGUGAAGGCUUACUUUCAGGACUCUCAGGUCUGUUCGUGGUGUGCUAGGACGGUCGCAUCCUUAACAGCGAGCUCUCGAUACGAGGACAGGUAUGGUGUGGCACAGUUGCACGGCUGUAACACCGCGGUUGUUUCUUCUCUGUUAUCCUGCUUGCUCGUGAUCGAAGUGUACUUGGGAAGGAGAAGUACUGCCAGAGGCGCAAUAUUUGUACCAAACAGUAUCAAGUGGACGGUCCCCUCGAGAGGGACAUUUAUGGAAGUGGGGAAAAAGCAGGGCUACCCCUUUGGCAAACGGACGGUUAUGCACAAAAAAGCUUAUGCUAUGGCCGAUGUUCUCCGGACGUCUCUUUACCAAAUUGUUUCCGUUUUUGGUGACGAAAUGGUACUGGUAGGGCCUUCUGGGAAAGGGAAUACAAUCGCGGAAAGAGAUUGGCUCAACCGUAAGAAGCCUUUAUACGGCACUCAUGAGAUGCAUCUGCAAAAGUUGAGUAUGUUCUUAGAGUAUCGGAUUGGGUAGGUCCUUGGGCAUGUGUGCCAAUCAACACGAGUUUCAGCAAGUUUUGUAGUCUGAGUGAUAUCCAAUUACCCGCGCGCUAAGAUCCACCAAUUACGCAUCGCAACAUUUAAGUGUGUCAGGAAAGUUCCACCUUCUGGCUCAUUGACGUAACCUGCGUUCUCUAUAGUAAGAAGAAACUGCUUGAUUGAACAUACUUAGCAGUGUGCAUGCAUUAAAUGCACAAUAUAGGUGCAGUCAUUGUCGAACAUCUCAGCAGUUUUGCAGGGCUUACAGCAGCAGUAGAUUCGCUCCUGAUAUCACUUGACUGGUCGAGGUAGAUGUCUAAGCACCCGGAGAUGACCUUGUACCAUCAGUAGUAUGUCCAGAUGUAGAGUAGCGAGUCCCCCCUCAGGGAUGCGUGUAGGAGUCGUAACCUGUGAAUAUUUUUUCUCGGGAGCCUGUCUGUCGGAAAAUUGGGCAGGCUCAAAAGGCCCAGUGAUCAUUGUUGGGGCCUUGAUUCAGCUGGUCAAUCAAUUUUGCAGCUUAAUGGUUGUACGGUUCGAGACCCACGCCACUUGUGGGGACCUUGGACAUUCAAUCCCAGUCCUACACUUUUCAUAUUCUCUUAUCUCUGUGUUUCUGCGGAGAUAGCGACUAAGCGAUGUUUUGAAAAUGUUAUCGGCUUAACUCGUUUAAUUGUAUGUGAUUCACCUAC